AUGCUAUUUCAGGUCACUAUGAAGGUUCUGUAUUGUCAGCAGAAUUCAGCUGGAGAGGAAAUUACAUUUGUCUUCCAGGAAAGGGAAAAUCUUCCUGUUACAAGAGACAAUGAUGUGAAAAUACAGGUUAAAGCCUGUGCUCUGAGCUGGACAGAUAUAAAGCUUUUAUCAGAAAUGAAGAUGAAGAAAGAAUUUCUACCUGUUGGGAGAGAAAUUGCUGGAGUGGUGUUAGAGGUUGGAAGCAAAGUGUCCUUCUUUCAGCCAGAUGAUGAAGUAGUGGGAAUCUUGCCCCUGGAUUCAGAAGAGUCUGGUCUCUGUGAAGUUGCUCUGGUUCAUGAGCAUUAUUUGGUUCAUAAACCAGAAAAAGUCCCUUGGGUUGAAGCAGCAGGGACCAUUCGUGAUGGCCUACGAGCAUACACAGCGCUACAUUAUCUUUCCCUUGUUUCUCCUGGAAAAACAGUACUAGUAAUGGAUGGAGCAAGUCCAUUUGGUACAAUAGCUAUUCAGUUAGCACAGCACAGAGGAGCCAAAGUAAUUUCUACAGCAUAUAGUCUUGAAGACAAGCAGUACUUGGAGAGACUUAGACCUCCUGUGGCUCGAGUCAUUGAUGUCUCAAAUGGUAAGAUUGAUGUGGCAGAAAGCUGUUUGGAGGAAACAGGCGGGCUGGGAGUGGAUAUUGUCCUCGAUGCUGGAGUGAGAUUAUACAGUAAAGAAGAUGAGUCAACAUUAAAACCGCAACUGCUGCCACACAAACAUGAUAUCAUUACACUUCUUAGUGUUGGAGGACACUGGGUAACCACAGAGAAAAACCUCCAGCUGGACCCUCCAGAUAGCCAUUGCUUGUUUCUUAAGGGAGCCACAGUCUCUUUUCUGAAUGAUGAAGUAUGGAAUUUGUCAAAUGUGCAACAGGGGAAGUAUCUUUGUAUCUUAGAAGAUGUAAUGGAGAAGUUAUCCAAUAGUGUUUUCAGGCCUCAGUUGGAUGAACCAGUCCCAUUGUAUGAAGCCAAAGUUUCUAUGGAAAUAGUUCAGAAGAAUCAAGCAAGAAAAAGACAAGUCAUCCAAUUCUGAAGCACAAUUUCCUUGUUUCUAAGACUGGGAGUCAGAGAUAUGUAAUAUAUUUGAGAAGUAAAUUGGUGUGCAACUUCAAAUAGUUCUGUAACUAUGGUGAGAAGAUAGUGUCUGGGCUGUGAAUGUUUUGGUACUGAGACUUUUCGUUUCCCUGUAUCAAAUCUAAUAGAAUGAUUCCAUCAACAACUUUAAAGAGAUACCAUUAACUUAAAAAUCACAUCUGUCUGAUUUUUCCCUCCUAUUACUGUUAUAUAUAACAAUCUAAGAUUAUUUUGGGAUUAGAGAAAAAAUAUUUUUUCUGAUUGUUCAGUUUUAUUUUUUGUAUUUGACAGCAUCUAAAUAGUCUGCUUCAGUCUUUGACAUACUCUUUUUAAAUAGGGAAGAGAAAAAUAUUAAAAAAUAGGAAAAUGUAGUAGUAAAACUAGCAAAAUUGGCAGAGGGAUUCUAGGGGUAGGCACAACUUAUUUGUAACAAGGUUGGGGUUUUUUAGGUUUUUUUUUCAAACUGAUUUGUUUUCAAGUUUAUCGUGUCCCUUUAAGAUUUGAAUUACUGUUCUACAACCAUUUCAUAACAUCCCACUUUUAUAUAGCUAUAAAAUUAAGGUAGACAAAUGUGAAUGAAAGAUUACACAGAUAUGAGGUCAGUCUUCCGCUUUAGUGUUCAAUUCAUGUUAAUGUUCAAUGCACUUUAUUGCACAUAGACUUUGUUCCUUUUUAUAUUGCUAAAUAGUAGGAAAUGUAAAUUGAAUUUCCAUCUCUGACAUCAUUCCUAAAACACCUUCUGUGU